UUUUGAUUAACGUAACCUCAAACUAACUUGCGCGUGUCAUUUAAGCGAAGGAGCGAUUGCGAUAUAUGCGCUAGUCCGUAUAUCUAGACGCUUGUGGCCUGGCCACAGAUUAUCAAACUAUAUUACUACUAUCACCCCUGUUUCCAAAUUAUGUACUUUUCAGGAAAUCUUUACUAGAACUUUUCAGGAAGGUUUCUUCUGAGUGAGUUUUGCCGAUAGCAGUUCCAGACAGUUUUCAUACAGAAAUUGGCAGCUUCAUGAUUGUUGGAAUUUGGAAUUAUCGCAAACUGUGAACUGAGAAGCAAUAAAAAAAAUAGUAAAGUAAAAAAAAUGUAUACUCCGAUAAGCCUCCUCCGACAAGUCCUCAGAACUUCAUUCAUCAUCAUUGUGCCUGCGGUUGACCUCCCUAUAUAUUGAUGUUCAUUUGUGAGGUUAGGCAAGCACCACAGAUUACACAGUUAACCUCUGUGAUCUGUGGGCAAGCACAUCAAAACCAUAGAUCACAGACUACAUACUAUUGCCAUAGAUAAAGACAAGUAUCAAAACUUUGUUGAUCAGCAAAGUCGAUAAGAAAACUAAUUCCAGACAUAUAAUGAAACUGAUAAUGUGAGCAGGUAGUUUUAAAAUAAUGGUAAAAAGUCAACUAUCAUUCAGGUUGCGCCAAAAUGCUUCCCAAAAUAUGCAGAGAAGUUCAAAAAAAGACGUCCUUCGAAAAACCAACAAGUCACAACCGCCCAAGCCUGAGAAGAAGGUCGCAGAAUCUGUAGCUAGUGGCUUGGCUUUUCCUAGCGGCGACACAGCCUUUAAGGCUCUGUUGUCGGUCCGGUUUUUCGCCGCUAUUUGGUCCCAUGUGACUGAUUGCGAUGAAGCUUUUAAUUACUGGGAGCCCACACACUAUUUGAUCUUCAAUCAAGGCCUACAGACGUGGGAAUACAGCCCCCAAUUCGCCCUCAGGUCCUACUUCUACUUGAUGAUUCACGCUGCUCCCAUGUGGAUCUACCACAGCCUUCUCCAACCCAAUCCUCUUUUAAUGUUCUACUUCACGCGGUGUAUUUUAGGGCUGCUGUGCGCAUUUGCUGAAGUGUAUUUCUACAAGGCGAUUUGCAAGGAAUUCGGAGUUCACAUAGGGCGCAUUUGUUUGGGCUUUCAGCUGUUGAGUCCUGGCAUGUUCAUCGCCAGCACCGCCUAUUUGCCUUCCAGUUUUGCCAUGUAUAAUUUGACUGCAGCUUUUGCUGCUUGGUGGCAGCAGAAGUAUGUCCUGGCUAUUUUCUUCACAGCCGUGGGAUCUUUGUUGGGUUGGCCAUUUGCAGCCCUGCUAGGGCUGCCCAUAGUCCUUGACAUGGUAAUCCAGAGGAGGCUUUAUAAGAAUUUCAUCCUGUGGUCAGCUUUAGUCGCAAUUAUCAUUGGAGUUCCGAUGGUUCUAGUCGACUCCUUAUUCUAUGGGAAGCUAGUAAUCGCCCCGUUCAACCUUGUUAAAUACAAUGUAUUGGGCGGGGCUGGUCCAGACUUGUAUGGCACUGAGCCAUUUUCCUUUUACCUAGUCAACGGGUUCCUCAAUUUCAACAUCAUUUGGGUUCUAGCCCUGUUCAGCCCAGUCGCGAUUGUUCUCAACUACUUCUUUGUGCCGUCGAAGAACAAGAGCACCUUGUACCUGCCCCAUUGGCUCUCAUUGAGCCCCAUGUAUCUGUGGCUUGGGGUGUUUAUGUUCCAGAGGCAUAAGGAGGAGCGAUUCCUGUUCCCCAUCUAUCCAAUGAUUUGCCUUGCGGGUGCCAUUUCGUUGGACAUUGCUCAAAAGCUGAUGUUCAGAGUGUGGAAUGUGUUGAGGAAAAUGCCGCAGGGGACGCAUUAUUUGGACAAAACCACUGUUAUAAUGUUGCUGGCGGUCGCAUUGUCUUCAUUGCUGGGAAUUUCGAGAAUGUUUGCGUUGUACAAGAACUACCACGCGCCAAUGGAUCUAAUGAUGGAACUGAAUCGCUAUCCGGGUGAAAUUACGGUUCCAGAUCACAGUCAGAUACACGUGUGCUUUGGGAAGGAUUGGCACAGAUAUCCCAGCUCAUUUUUCCUGCCAAAUGUUAACUGGAACGUUCAUUUCGUUAAGUCUGAGUUUGAUGGGAUGAUGCCAGCCCCGUAUUCGUCCGACCCGAAUGCUACCGAACUGAUACAUCCUUAUUUUAACGACGAGAAUAGAGAAGAGCCAAGUCUGUACUACAACGUAAGCCGUUGCCACUUUCUACUGGAUCUGGAUUUGGGGAAAGAGACUGAGCUGGAGCCCAUUUAUGCCAGAAGAACUGAGUCCUGGAAAGUGUUGUCCAGUUACAAGUUUUUGAACACCGAAAGAUCCCAUCCCUUGGCCAGAGCGUUCUACAUUCCAUUUGUGUCGGAGACGUUUAUUGAGUUUGGCAACUUUUCGCUACUCCAGUCGAUUAAGUUCAAAAUCAAGUAAAUUCGCCUGCUUAUAGCGGUUUGAAUGUUCUGUUUAAUGUGUGCAUUAUUACAAUUUUUGUUUCAUAUAUUGUCUGUUAUUAUUAAAUUAAUUGUGUACAGAGAAAAUGCGGGUCGAUGUUUGUAUUCAGCAAUAAUUUUUUUUAUGUCAUUGUUGUGAGUUUAUAAUAAAAUGUUACUUCGCA